CGUACGUCUGUCUGUCUUUGAAGUUCUUGUGAGAAGUCAGUUGCAGCUUCUUCGAAGGUUACCUCGCAAGCAUGUCUCAGAGAAAUGAAGGCCACCUCUCGGGCAUGCAUUCGUUGCACAGAAGCGUGGCGAGUGUCGUGUCUGGAAUGUUCCCUACCGCGGCCGCGGCCGGUGACCGUCAUGACUCUCAUCCGAUCUACCCUGCCGCUGAAAUAAAAACUGAGAACUUGGUUGAAAUAGAAGAUGAAGAUUUAUUUGCAUCGCAAGCCACUAACGACGAACAACUUGGUUCGCAGCGUGGGAUGGAUGGUGAUGCUUAUGACGCGCUGUCGCAGGGCUCUGGGAUGCUGUCUUUCUCGCAAGUAGCGAAGUCCUACAAAGAGGCAAGUCAAUCGUUGCUGGGAGCAGGGAAUGACCGAGGCCGUCAAGACUCCAGCGUUGGCUUUACCCAAAUAUUGGAGGACAUCAACAAAAAUUUUGAAACCCAGUACCCGGACAGCUCACAGAGAAGUAGUUUUGGGGGAGAGCCGCGCUCUCUGUUCUCGUCUGCGUCGGCGCUGAGUAAGAAUUUUAGACCAGGACAAGAUCAAUAUCAAAGCUCACCGCAGUCAACUGAACGAAACGUUCCACUCAAUAACCCAAAUGGGAACUUCUCAACCAGCAUCUGCAGACCUCUGCCGCUAGUACCGAUUACCCCAUUUAGUACAAACGGAAAUUUAAUCAAUAAAUCCCAGAGCAGCUUCGCCGUCGCCCCAAAGCAAGCAUUUUCUGUUGCCAACGGUGCUAACAGAGCUCCAGGAAACAUCACCAACACAUUCAGCGCCACCGACAACUUUAGUGAGUCAUUUUACAGUAGCCCAGACACGGUCGGCAGUUUCACGGACUUCGGCGGCCCACGAGGCGAUCCUCGAGAGUCGCGUGACUGCAGCGUGCCUGCGUACGCCAGAGCCCCGCCCUUCGCGCGCACUCAAAUGGCCAGCAACAAAGACACGUCGGCACUUCAAGCGCCUAAAGGCCGCGAGUUUGCAAACAAUCAACCUGGUAAUAUUUUCCUGUCUGCCGCAAGAGGAUUAAAAGAAACUGAAUCGUAUAAUCUCUCACAGGAAAUCCCUACAAAUCGUGGCGGCGUCGGAAAAGAAAAUGACGCGAACGCUGCAGGUACUCGAUUCGCUGAUUUUUUCCAACGAGCCGGCAAACCUGGAAACCCUUUCCAGCAAGUUGACCGCAGCCAAAAUCUAGUCCAGAUGAAAGACAGUAAUAACAAUCUUGCAGCGGGUACUGAGCUCACGGAUCGCACGAAUGUCGUGUCAUCACAAUCUGAUGCAGCGAUGGAGGCAUCUGACGAUGGAGGCAAGGCGGAGUCCGAAGCUCAGAAGCCUACCUCGAGCGCACCUAUACGACCUGUUUUUGGAAGAAGCCAAAAAAUUGCACCAAAUUUCAAACCUGUUUUCAAGAAACCUGUUAUAAAUAACUCUACGGGUAAUGAAAGAACUAAUUCAGUAACUAAUGGAAGUAAUUCAUCGGAACUUCGUGGAAAUCUAAAAGCUUCCCAGAUGAACGGACAGAAACAAAUGGCAGUAACUGGGAACUCAGAGAAAUAUUCUGAUACAAAAUGCACUUCUCAAGUUUGCAAAUCAACUUACUCCGUUAAGAACGAGCACAAUGGGUCUGUUUCAGCCUCGAUCCCACACCGAUCAGGAGAACCCUCGUUCAACAGAGAGGCGUUGCCGGAGGUGAAGGAUGUCACAGUGCAAGGGAAACUUCCUCUUAAUCUCAGUCCUGCAAGUGCAAGUUAUGAGAGCCAUGUAACAACCGAGAGUAAUCCCGGUGAUCAGAAUUCUGCGUUCUCAGCAACGAAGGAAAUUAUUGAUAGCGGUAAACCGUCGAAUAGUCAAAGCUCAAAGCCACUGAAGUUGAAAAAGACAAACUCGGUACCAAAGCCCAAAAUAAUCAUCAAGACUGAGCGGGAGCUCUGCAACUUGGAAGACGAUGAAUUUAUGGCCGCCCCCACGAGCUCCAAGUCUGCAAAAACAGCUGGCGCUGCCAAGCCAAAAGCUCAUCCCAAGCCAAAGAACGGUGGACGGGAGAAACCAUCAAGCCCUUGGCAGCAAGCAAGUCACCUUGCCUACUUUAAACAAAAAAUGUCUUUUUUGUACACUGGGAAGACUAAUCCUCCGAGCACAGUUUCAGUCGAGGGCAAAGGUGCGUGCAAGCGAGGGGCUACGUCUCAAGCACCUAAGAUAUUGAAACAGGUUGAUGAGAAGCUCUUAUUCAGCGACGAGAAUGUUCCAGAUUCUGCUAACCGCAUCCAGCAGAACAAAGGGAAAUGGCAAUCCUCUCCUGUCGAACAACAGGAAAACUCGACUUCUGAAGGCGGAGUGUGCGGUGAACCGAGCAGUUAUGAAAUCAACUCGUCGCUCGUGUCGAAUGUUGGGGCCCCAGACUCCGCGCCAUCUCGUGAGGGCUUCACCCCCCAGGCUGUGUCGUCACCCUUGCCCCAAUCGCGCGCCCUCACCCCUCUGCCCUCGAGCGUGUCUCCUAUCAUUCACACGUCCACGUGCGACAACCACCACGCCCCAGACUCCGCGCCAUCUCGUGAGGGCUUCACCCCUCAGGCUGUGUCGUCACCCUUGCCCCAAUCGCGCGUCCUCACCCCUCUACCCUCGAGCGUGUCUCCUAUCAUUCACACGUCCACGUGCGACAACCACCACGUCCGCCAGGCUUUGUAUUACUCGCAUGACUCGUCAGCAACGUCAGGUGUACACGACGCAACGUCAGGUGCACACGACGCAACGUCAGGUACACACGAUGCAUCGCCAGGUGCACACGACGCAACGUCAGGAGAACGCGACUCAACGUCAGGUGUAUACGACGCAACGUCAGGAGUACACGACGCAACGUCAGGUGCACACGACGCCCCGUCAGGUGCACACGACGCAACGUCAGGUGCACACGACGCACCGUCAGAUGUAAACGACGCAUCAAGCUCAUCGUCGUGGCUUGGUCACGGUAACGCCACGACGGAGAGUCAGUCUUCAGUUCCCGACAAGCCCCGACGUUCGGUUACUGACUGCUCGUCGGAGGCAGACGAUGAAAGUGAUGGCGGCAAAGAUGAAUUUGAAAGCGAUGUGAAUAACAAACAAACCGCAACAUGUCCCCUUAAAUCAUCGGCUACCAAAACGAAACAAACAAAUUUUGUAAAUCCUGCUAAACUCGCCAAGAACUCCAAGAGUUUCACUAUGCCGUCUCCUCAAGAGCAGCCCUGGAUAUCGGCAAAGAAGAAGAGCGGCACUGCGGCCACCCAACUCAAGACUCGGCCUAAAUCUUCUGAUGCUACUAGACGACGUCGCAGUGUCGCAGGCUCCGGUGGCCACCCUGUGGAGGACUUGCGACGAAUCCAAAACUUGAAGACUUGA